GUAUUCCGGUUAGGGGAUGGUAAGAGGGCGGGACCACAGGGGAGCAGGUGGUUAAAUACGAGGCAGGUGAGAGUGGAGGAACAGCAGAUCCUGGAGCUGUGGCCAUCAUACACACACACACACACCUGAGCCGUCGGGAAUAGUCUAUAAAGAUGAUCAAAGCGUUGCUGUUGGCACUCUUGGUCCUGGUGGCCGUGUCCUCCGCCUUCGGGAAAUACAUCCCCAAAACCGGGAAGAGGAUCCCUCAGACUCUCUCCAGAGGUUGGGGUGAUCAGCUGAUCUGGGCUCAGACUUAUGAAGAGGCCCUCUACUGGUCCAGGUCAAGAAACAAGCCUCUGAUGGUCAUCUUCCACCUGGAGGACUGCCCUCACAGCGCCGCACUGAAGAAGAUCUUGGCUGAUGACAACGACAUCCAGAAAAGGCUGGAUGAGGACUUCAUCGUCCUCAAUCUCAUGUAUGAAACCACAGACAAACAUCUCUCUCCUGAUGGGCAGUAUGUUCCCAGAAUCCUGUUUGUCGACCCUUCAAUGACGGUGAGGGCGGACAUCAACGGACCAUACAGGAACCGCCUGUAUGCCUACGAACCAUCUGACCUCAAAAACUUGAAGAAAAACAUGGAUGCAGCUAAGAAGCUCCUGAAGUCUGAGCUGUGAGCCGGAGGAGUCAAAUGAGGAAAACUACGCACUGCAAAGUUCAUUCUCUUCAACUUAACUUGUUUCCUCCUUUAAAUUCCCUUUCUGAUCCUUUUUAAUAUUAUUGCUGUGCAUCCAGAAUGUCUUUGAAAUAAAUAUGGAACUGUUCAUACAA